AAUUCACCACACAGAUGACUAACGAAGAAGUUGCAGUAGCACCUUCGCUAUCCACUCAUCAGGGUGAAGAUGCUUUCACCUUUCAGAGGUAUGACCAUUCUUCUAAUAAUCGCAAGCAUUUGUCCUUACAACCGGUUGAGAACGGCCCUGAGCUCGACCAGUUGAUCUACAACUACUACAGCAUCGAGGAAACCAUUGAGUUUAUAAAAUCCAAACCACAAUGUAAGAGGGUGACGCUACAGUUCCCUGAUGAACUUGUGUGUGAUUGUAGUGCUGUGGCCCAGGCUAUAUCUUCAAAACUUGACAUUGAGAUUAUGAAGACACCUUCAACUUGUGGAGGUAACUCCGACUGCUCAUGCCCCAACUCCAUAGACAUUGAAAAUGAUGAAAAACAAACGGUGUGGAUCCUCGCCGACACAUCAUAUUCCCCUUGUUGUGUGGAUGAAGUGGCUGCCGAACAUGUCAAGGGUGACGUUGUCAUUCACUAUGGGGACGCAUGUUUGAAUCCUGUCAGCAAGGUGCAAGUAGCCUAUGUGUUUGGAAAGCCUGCUGUAAAUAUUGAUGAAACCGUGAAAGAAUUCCAAAAAAAAUACGAGGACAGCAGCAGCCGAGUAUUACUUAUGGCAGAUGCUCCUCAUUCAUACAUAAUGCAUUUGGUGUACGAAAAAUUGCAUCCAAUAUACCCAAACAUCGCCUUCGCUGAUAUCCUGCAAGAAUCAUUUCCACACUCCACAAUAAUUGGAUACAAGCCCAUGUCGUCAACAAUGGACUUACAACUUCUUAAUAGAACCUUUCAUCACUUGGUAGAUGAUGAAGACGAAGAGCUUGAACAGCUAUUGAUGUCCUAUGAUUUGUUCCAUAUCAGCGUUCCUGAAGCACCCAGAUUAUUGAAACUCACAACCGUUUUCCAAUCUGUAACGCUAUUUGACCCUGUUGAGGGCACAACAUCCCAAGGCCCAUUCCCUAACUUGAUGCGUCGUUAUCGGUAUAUGCAUAUGGCUAGGUCAGCUGGUACUAUUGGUUUACUUGUGAACACAUUAUCUUUAUCAAACACCAAACUUUUGUUGAACAAACUAAAGGCCAAGAUCAUUGAAGCCGAUAAAAAGCAGUAUAUGUUUGUAGUUGGAAAGCCGAAUGUGGCCAAGUUAUCCAACUUUGAGCCUAUAGACAUCUGGUGUAUUUUGGGAUGUGAUCAUCAAGGUAUCAUAAUUGACCAGAACAACGAGUACUUUAAACCUAUCAUCACGCCCUUCGAGCUUCUUUUAGCUCUCAACCAAGAGUUAUCCUGGAACGGGAAGUGGGAAACUGACUUUGGGAAACUCUUGGUCCAACUCAAACAGAAUGAGAAUGAGAAUGAACAUGAAGACCAUAAUUCUGAAGACGAUGAACCUCAAUUUAACCCGGUAACCGGCAAGUUUGCCAGCUCUUCCACACCCUUGCGUCGUCCCCAGUACUUGCAAGUGGAAACUUCCACAACUACAAAUACUGAAAAUGCUCAGACAAAUGCUCUUGUGAACAGAUUUUCCAGCGAGGUGGUUAUAAGAGACACUGUUUCCACCGCUGCUGCCCAACUCCAAACCAGACACUGGACAGGCUUGGGCAGUGAUUAUGUGGACGAUGAAGAAAAUGCCAAGGGGGCUUUGGUAGAAGACGGAAUCAAGGGAAUUGCCAGAGGUUACGAAUUCGAUGUAAAUAAUAAUAGUUAAGAACAAUUUAUAUUCGCAGCCAUCGACUUUCGAGCCACCGCAGCGAAUUUAACUAUAUCAA